AUGAACGGCGAGGAGCAGUACUACGCGGCCACGCAGCUUUACAAGGACCCAUGCGCGUUCCAGCGAGGCCCCGCGCCGGAGUUCAGCUCAAGCCCCCCUGCGUGCCUGUACAUGGGCCGCCAGCCCCCGCCGCCGCCGCCGCACCCGUUCCCUGGCGCCCUGGGCGCGCUGGAGCAGGGCAGCCCCCCGGACAUCUCCCCGUACGAGGUGCCCCCCCUCGCCGACGACCCCGCGGUGGCGCACCUUCACCACCACCUCCCGGCUCAGCUCGCGCUCCCCCACCCGCCCGCCGGGCCCUUCCCGGAGGGAGCCGAGCCGGGUGUCCUGGAUGAGCCCAACCGCGUCCAGCUGCCUUUCCCAUGGAUGAAGUCUACCAAAGCUCACGCGUGGAAAGGCCAGUGGGCAGGCGGCGCCUACGCGGCGGAGCCGGAGGAGAACAAGCGGACGCGCACGGCCUACACGCGCGCACAGCUGCUAGAGCUGGAGAAGGAGUUCCUAUUCAACAAGUACAUCUCACGGCCGCGCCGGGUGGAGCUGGCUGUCAUGUUGAACUUGACCGAGAGACACAUCAAAAUCUGGUUCCAAAACCGCCGCAUGAAGUGGAAAAAGGAGGAGGACAAGAAGCGCGGCGGCGGGACAGCGGUCGGGGGUGGCGGGGUCGCGGAGCCUGAGCAGGACUGCGCGGUGACCUCCGGCGAGGAGCUUCUGGCGCUGCCGCCGCCGCCGCCCCCCGGAGGUGCUGUGCCGCCUGCUGCCCCCGUUGCCGCCCGAGAGGGCCGCCUGCCGCCUGGCCUUAGCGCGUCGCCACAGCCCUCCAGCGUCGCGCCUCGGCGGCCGCAGGAACCACGGUGAGAGGCAGGAGCUGCUCCUGGCUGAGCGGCUUCAACCACUCGCCGAGGAGGAGCAGAGGGCCUAGGAGGACCCCGGGCGUGGACCACCCGCCCUGGCAGUUGAAUGGGGCGGCAAUUGCGGGGCCCACCUUAGACCGAAGGGGAAAACCCGCUCUCUGUCAGGCGCAUGUGCCAGUUGGGGCCCCGCGGGUAGAUGCUGGCAGGCCUUCCGGAAGAAAAAGAGCCAUUGGUUUCUGUAGUAUUGGGGCCCUCACUUAGUGAUACUGCAUUGGCGUUGUUUGUGGCUGUUGCGCACAUCCCUGCCCCCUGCCCGCCUACGGCACUCCACCCUGGGACCUGUUUAGAGAAGCCGACUCUUCAAAGACAAUGGAAACUGUACCAUACACAUUGGAAGGCUCACUAACACACAGCGGGGAAGCUGGGCCGAGUGCCUUAAUCUGCCCAUAAAGCCAUUCUUACUCGGGCGACCCCUUUAAGUUUAGAAAUAAUUGAAAGGAAAUGUUUGAGUUUUCAAAGAUCCGGUGAAAUUGAUGCCAGUGGAAUACAGUGAGUCCUCCUCUUCCUCCUCCUCCUCCUCUUCCCCCUACCCUUCCUCCUCCUCCUCUUCUUUUCCCUCCUCUUCCUCUUCCUCCUGCUCUCCUUUCCUCCCCCUCCUCUUCCUCCUCCUCCUCUUCCCCUUCCUCUCCCUUCUCCUCUUCUUCUCCCUCCUGUUCCUCUUCCUCCUCUUCCUCCUGCUCUCCUUUCCUCCCCCUCCUCUUGCUCCUCUUCUUCCCCUUCCUCUUUCUCCUCCUCCUCUUCUUCUUCUCCCUCCUCUUCCUCUUCCUCCUGCUCUCCUUUCCUCCCCCUCUUCUUCCUCCUCCUCCUCUUCUUCCCCUUCCUCUCCCUUCUCCUCUUCUUAUCCCUCCUCUUCCUCUUCUCUAGCUGCACACUUCACUACUGCACAUCUUAUAACUUGCACCCCUUUCUUCUGAGGAAGAGAACAUCUUGCAAGGCAGGGCGAGCAGCGGCAGGGCUGGCUUAGGAGCAGUGCAAGAGUCCCUGUGCCCCAGUUCCACACUGCUGGCAGGGAAGGCAAGGGGGGACAGGCCUGGAUCUGGGGGUGAGGGAGAAAGAUGGACCCCUGGGUGACCACUAAACCAAAGAUAUUCGGAACUUUCUAUUUAGGAUGUGGAUGUAAUUCCUGUUCUGAGGUAGAGGCUGUGCUGAAGACAAGCACAGUGGCCUGGUGCGCCUUGGAAACCAACAACUAUUCACGAGCCAGUAUGACCUUCACGUCUUUAGAAAUUAUGAAAACGUAUGUGAUUGGAGUGUUUGGAAAACCAGUUAUCUUAUUUAACAUUUUAAAAAUUACCUAACAGUUAUUUACUAACAGGUCUGUGCAUCCCAGGUCUGUCUUCUUUUCAAGGUCUGGGCCUUGUGCUCAGGUUAUGUUUGUGGGAAAUGCUUAAUAAAUACGGAUAAUAUGGGA